AUGUUAUCUGCAUCCAGGCUAUCCCUAAGAAGAGCAUACACCACAGCAACUAAGAACCUGACCAUUGGGUUGAUCCCUGGUGACGGUAUUGGCCGUGAAGUUAUUCCUGCAGGUAAGCAAGUUUUGGAGGCACUGCCUUCCGACUAUGGUUUGAAAUUUAACUUCAUCAACUUAGAUGCAGGUUUUGAACUCUUCAAGAAAACAGGCACUGCAUUGCCAGAUGCAACCGUGGAUGCCUUAAAGUCUUCUUGUGACGGUGCUCUAUUCGGUGCUGUCUCAUCCCCUUCUGUUAAAGUUGCGGGAUACUCUUCUCCAAUUGUCGCAUUGAGAAAGAAGAUGGGCUUGUACGCCAACGUCAGACCUGUCAAAUCAGUUGAGGGCACUGGCAGACCUGUUGAUAUGGUCAUUGUUAGAGAGAACACUGAAGAUUUGUACAUCAAGGAGGAGAAGAUAUUCGAAAAGGAUGGCCAAAAAGUUGCCGAAGCAAUCAAGAGAAUUUCCGAAUCUGCAACUAGAAGAAUCUCGAAAAUGGCUUACGAGAUUGCUUUACAAAGACAGCAAGUUAGAGACUUGGGUGGUGAAUCGUUACAUUCCAAGCCUUCAGUUACUGUUGUUCAUAAAUCGAACGUGUUAUCUGUCUCCGACGGUUUAUUCAGAGAAACAUGUAAGAAAGUCUAUGAGGAAAACGUAGACAAGUUUGCCUCAAUCACUUAUCAAGAACAAAUUGUGGACUCCAUGGUUUACAGAAUGUUCAGAGAACCAGAGAUUUUUGAUGUUGUUGUUGCUCCAAACUUGUAUGGUGAUAUCUUGUCUGAUGGUGCAGCUGCCCUAGUCGGUUCACUAGGUGUUGUUCCUUCUGCCAAUGUCGGUGACAACUUUGCAAUUGGUGAGCCAUGUCAUGGUUCUGCUCCAGAUAUCGAAGGUAGAGGCAUUGCUAACCCAAUCGCUACGAUCAGAUCCACAGCUCUAAUGUUGGAAUUCAUGGGUUAUUCUGAGCCAGCUGCUAAGAUCUACUCUGCCGUUGAUGCCAACCUGAAGGAAGAUACCAUAAAGACCCCUGACUUAGGUGGUAAGUCCACGACUCAAGAAGUCGUUGAUGACAUCAUCAAAAGAUUCUAA